AUGUCUAAUUCAGAACUUGCUAUCAGUUAUGCUGCACUUAUUCUAGCAGACGAUGGUGUUGAAAUUACUUCUGAUAAAUUAACAACUUUAACCAAAGCUGCGGGUAUUGAUGUUGAACCAGUCUGGGCAAAUUUAUUUGCUAAAGCUCUUGAAGGAAAAAACGUUGCUGAUCUUUUAAUGAACGUUGGUGCAGGUAUACAUUAA